AUGCCAACUAACGAAAGCACAACAGUGAAGAAGGUCUAUGUUAAUAUUCUCAUCAUCAUUAUCCUUGCUUUCGCCAGCACAGCUCUUGUCAUACCCUACCAGAAGAAUUUUACUCAGCCUACUUUCACGUAUCUUAGAAAUCAAGGCCCUAUCUUAUCUUCCGGAGUUCUCACAACGAAGGAUAUCGUCUAUACCGCUAGCACAGUGCCUUCUUCGAACGGAAGUAUCGUCGAAGGUGGAAUUAGGCCCAUCACUGCUGUCCUCAAGGAAGCUGGUACUUCAUGGGGCUACGUUCUUGAAAUUACCGUCUCCCUCACACCGAUGGAUAAUUACACGGCUAUGAACAAGGUGACGGGUGUGCAAGUUGGGAAGUUACCAGGGAGUUUCAUGAUUAAGAAAGAGGAUAUAGCCGCAAUUCAGGACAGUUGA